AUUAUAUAGAUGUAUACACGUUACAUCCUAUUAUUUGAUAGGUAUAAUGAUGGAGAUAGGUAGAGGUACUAUUAGAAGCAUCGUGUGUAACGAGAAUUUAAUAGUAGAUGUUGUACCUGUCGACUUUGUUGUCGAUACCUUAAUAUGCGCUUCUUGGUAUAACGCAAUGCAACAUAUUGAUACGAUAAGGAUUUACAAUUGCACCAGCAGCGCACUGCAUCCGAUCACAUGGCGCAAAUUCGGACAUCUUACGAAAAAGCACGCCAUAGAGUCGCCAUCGAAACAUGUGAUGUGGUAUCCAGGUUUUACAUUUAGAACAAACAAAUUUAGUCACGCUAUCAUGGUAAUUAUGUUACACUUCUUACCUGCGUUUAUCGUAGAUCUUGUAUCAAGGGUCCGAGGUUACAAACCUAAAAUGGUGAAAAUGACUAAACGCUUCGAGCGCUUUGCUAAAACCGGAGAGUUCUUCGCGAUAAACGAGUGGAAAUUCAGCGCUGAUAACAUGAGGAAACUAGUGAAAUCCGUAAAAGCGUCGGGGCAUCGUAACGACUUCAAUGUAGAUAUCAGAAGCUUGGAUUGGGACACGUAUUUGCAUCAAUACAUGUUAGGAAUUAGAAAAUAUAUUUUAAAAGAUAAUCCAGAUACCUUAAAUAAUGCCCGUAGUCGUUUAUGCAGGCAAGUCCCAAUUUCAUAUAUUCUUAUUCACAUUUUCACGGUUGCAAGAUAAACGCUGAGCAAGGGAAAUAAAUCGAUCAUUAAUAUAUUACAGAUUGUACUGGAUGGAUAAAUUAACCAAAUUAUUCAGUAUAUUCGUAUUAUUAGAAAUGAUGCUGAUAUGCUGGAAUGCGGUGAUAUCAUCAAGAAACUAUACGAAAACUUUUGAAUCGUAAUUUGUGCGAUUUUAAAAGCGCUGCAAAAACAUUGCGGAAAAAAAUAUAUUUUUGAAAAGGGACAUAUUUUGACUGUUGUUUAACAAUAAACGGUUUAAACAAAUCAGCAACAAGAUUGAAAAAAAAAUUGAAGUGCUUUAUUUAAUUGAAGUGGCUUAAGAUAUAAAGGAUUUUUGAGUUGCUCAUUACAUAUGUUAUUAACACACACACAC